UAUUUACUCAAAACAUUGGACUGAGACGCAGUAGACAUAGGCCAGUUUUUUCCAUUUUUCAGCCAUAUGAGGUGAUAUACGCCAUACGCCAAGAUGAUAUACGUGUUUCUUGUUGACACUGGCACCAUGAUGACCUUUGACAUGAACCUGGCACUGGAGAACGUGUCGGUGUUGAAAGAGGUGAUCCACCGAGCAAUGAAGGUGCCCCCAGAGAAGCAAGUACUGCUUAUCUCUGGGGGCGAGGCUCUCGACCCCAACCUGCGGGUGUGCCAAUACUCGGCCGGCACUGACACCAACCCCAUCUUUCUCUUCUCCAAGACCACCAUCGAGGGCCAAGACCCCCCGCCGCCCAGCAUCGACUAUGGCACUGACACUGACCUUAAGGUACACUGGUACAACACGAUGAUGCUUAUAAGUGGCUGGUACAGAAUGAUGGUGCUUAUAAAUGGGUUGUAUAGUAUGAAGAUGCUUAUAAGUGGGUUGUAAAGUAAGAUUCUAUGUACACUUUCCAUUAUAAACAGAAAAUUCGAAGAUCACUAUUUUUCAGUAUAUUGCUAUAGUUAGUAUAAUGGUGCAUAAUAUUUUAUAUUAAUAUACAAUUGAAAUUAUUGACCUUUGAAGAGAUUUACCUUUGAAGAUUUUUGAGUUUGACUACACUUCUUCACUACUCGUAAGCUUAAGUCAUCAAAAUGUCUUGCAAAAUGGCACUGAAAACCUGCUGCUUGUGGAUGCUGGCAAUGGGAAUCAUUCUGGAAAUAGUGGGUUGCUAUUAUCAGCUUUUCGUUCCAUGGGUUCGUGAUUUAGAAAAGGAGAGAGACGACCUCAGAAGAGAGGUUGACCAAGCUACCGAUGCUUGCCAGCCAGUGUUCUACUGGUUCUCUCUCUCAACUGUAGUUGAUGUGUGGCGAUACGUGAGCAACACCCCAGUACAAGAGACAAGUGCCGACAGUGACCUUCAGUUUGAUCCAAGGUGGCUGCCCAUCAUUGGUCGCGUCAUUACCGCUUAUGAAUGUUACAUGGAAAUCCAAAAUCUUAAAACACUUCUUCUUGAGGUGACAUCUCGCUGUCAUGAGUGUUCCUCUACUCCCUUCACAAUGACUGUGUUGUGUGUCCUCAUGUCAAUUACAAUGAGUGCCAUGGGACUGAUCGCACCAGGUCAAACUCUGGAGGAGACCAACCGGUGAUACACUGAAGAUGGCUAUGGUAAGAAAGCCAAAAACAAGGAAACAUAACAGACGUCGCAAACAAAAUGCAUCAGAGAAAACUGACCAGGACCAGACAGGGUUAAAUGGCAAGCAAAAGAAGAGCAAAAAGAGGAAAAUUCAAGAGAUAGAAACAAUUGAUGAUGUUGACCUAGCCUACAGGUUAACUGCCCUCCGAGGUGCCAGUAACCGAAAAGGCAUAUACAAAAUAACUGACCCUAAGAAGGCAGAGAUGAAUAAAAAGACUGCGAACAAGGCCAAGGUGAAAAGCCUCACCAAUGGUAAAAACAAAAGACACAAGAGUGUUGGUGUGUGAGUUAAAUAUUUAUUUAAUGAAGAAGGAAAUAUUUUUGUUUAUUGAAUAAUGAUUUAGGAGUUUUAUUUAUUAGUUCCUUUGUUUACAUUAAGAUUUUUUUUGUUGAGAUUAUGUUCUUGCAGAGUUAUAUAUAUUACUUG